CCGACAGCCAAAACGUCAGAAGUUUAAUUUUGCGGCCACGAAAACACCUCAAAAAGUAAGUUCCCGAACAUGAACGUGGCAAUCUUGUCCAUCACCAUGGUGCUGGGAAUGAUCGACAUACUGACAAGGUGUUGCUGUGUGCCGGACUCAGCCCGGGAGCGGAAAGCAGGAGGUUUGCCCGGCAAGUGCCGCAUCGACAUCGACGGGUACCUCAUCGAGAUCGUCAUCUGUCUGAUGAACGGCAACCGCACAAAUUCCGUUGCCUCCAGAACCUGGCGUAGGAGUUUAAAUAGUGCCAUUAAAGCUUCACUAGUUUUGCUGGUGCACGAUAAGAAUGUUUACAAUUGUGCCACCAAAAUAAGACCGGCCACGGAUCGACCAAGGCAGUGCUGCUUACGGGAGAAUUGCUGAGGCUGGUGGACCUGUCCUUCGAACAGCCAGGGAAACCGGUGAAAUCGCCCUCAACUCGUUUGACCAAAUGGACAAAUCUUCCCUCGGACAAGCGCCGAAAACAAGUUUACCACUUCACCCAAAUUAAGACGACACCCGUGACGGACUAGAUCAACGACGGAAACUGGUUUCAGGAACGGCUGCGGUUUUAAUGCAGAGGUCACCGUCGUGCGCUACCAGGAGGAAAGCUGUCUAAGCGAGGACCUCAUCGGACUGGAUCUGUUCACCGGCUAGCCGAUGGAAUAAUUCGAUCAACUCGAUCAAGGGUCAACAGAUGACGAUGGGAAAACAAA